AUGGCCACCGCCACGAGUGUCUCGGUAAGGCCGACAAUCGCCAGCGGAGUGCUGUGCAACAAGUUUCCGAUGGCCGCAGCCACCUCUGCCGCGAACACAAAGACACACACACACCACCUUCCUCAGGUCUCGCGCGGCAAGCGGUCCGCGGAGGGUCUCUCUUGGGUGUCCGAGCUUUACGGACAUGAGGCGUCACUGCCGGCCGUGUUCGCCUCGGUAGCCGCCGAUGGGACCGGGGAGUCGAUCAAGAAGGCGUCGUCCCUUACCACCACCACCAAUCAAUCAUCCCUCGCCUCCUCCGGGCAGCUGGGGACGCUGGCGUCCUUGGCCGCGCUACACAAUCAGAGCCAGCGUGUGCCACACACGCUGUCGUUCACGUCGGCGGAACUGCCCGGCGCCGUUGGUGGCGGUGCCAGCUCCAGUGCGCAGGUGAUGAGUGAUGUCUCUGCAGCAUCCCUCAGUGCCCCGUUGGCGGCGGCAGCAACCAACGUGACGUCGCUCUAUCGUCAGCGCAAAAACGUCUCGUGGCGCUGCAUGCUGUGCGGCUACCACGUGCUAGCGAUGGAUCAGAAUGGCGCUCCCCUUCCCUUCUCGGCCUCCGCGUUUGGCAACGUUCUCCCGAUGACGUGUCCGCGUUGCAAGCUGAGCCACAUGUCGUGGCAGCCGUCGACGCCGUUCAGCGAGGAAGGCAAUCACAUGAACCUCCCGACCACGCUCUCCAAUCGCUACCUUGUGCCGCUCCCCAGCCAGCGGUCGCUGCGCGUGAAGGACGCGGAGGCAACAGGCGCUGCAGGACAGUCCGGCGCCGCAGUGGAGACGGCGUCUUCGGUGGUGGCAGGCAGCUGCUCAACCCACCGCGUAGGGUUUCUGUCCGCCCUUGCAACUCAGCACCGCAGCGUCUCUGUCAUCUCCGCCAUGUCCUCAGUGCAGCGUCGCGCCUACUACUGCGGCCGCUGCGGUCGUCGCCUGCUUCGCGUAGACGUGAAUGGAGAACUCGUGGACAUGGAUCGCGACAAGGACGGUCAAGUCCUCCCCAUAACGUGCCCUGGCUGUACGGAGAGCCACAGCGACUGGGUUGUGAAGCCAUACGUCGUGAGCCGAUGA